AUCUGAGUCACUCCCACUGAAGAGAUAGUAUCUGCCAGAGCUAAAAAUGACAAGCUACCUCAGCUGAUAAGCUACUUUAUAUGUGGACAUACAACUGGAAAGGGUGUGGAUUGCUCCAACUGGUGGACUGAACUCUUCCUACUAAAGAAAAUAAAGCAGCAGAUUAUCAACAUUAUUUCAGCAAUGGAGGGAGUAGUUAUACGGCACUGGGUGGAAACUCCCAUACGUUAUCAGGAGUAUUUUACUAAUAAAGAUCUGGAAUCAUGCAAGUUAAACCAUUCUCUCUACGCCUUGCCAGGCCCAGCAGUGGCUGCACAGACAAAAGAUGAGGGUGAAGUGGAAACAGCACAGAACAGCACAAAUGAAGAAAAACCCAAAUUUCAAGUCCUACUAGAUGUUGUGCAGUUCCGUCCUGAAGAUGUUAUCAUUCAAACCUUUGAAGGCUGGCUGCUGAUCAAAGCUCAACAUGGACCCAGGAUGGAUGAACAUGGCUUUAUAGCCAGAAGCUUUACUAGACAAUACAAAUUGCCUGAUGGAGUUGAAACAAAAGAUCUGACUGCUCUCUUCUGCCACGAUGGCAUUUUGGUUAUUGAAACCAAGGCAUUUGGCAGGAUAUGAACUGUAGACGUUUUGUUAUGGGUGAGACAACAUUGUGCCUACUUUAACUAGAACAAUCGUGAAUGGUGGUGAUAUGCAUGCAGAGCUGUGUUCACAAUGAAGAUAAAGGCAAGCUUUUGCAUAUUUUACUCAGUGUGUUGAACUUGAUUGUUUUGAUGUCAAAGACAAUACUUGCUCCUGUGAACUGCAUGCACCCACACAUUCAUAACAAAACAAUCUGACAAAGCUGAGAGAAUGCUGUAAAACAUUGAUGGAGAAGAAUGUGUGAAAGGAAGGUUCUAUAUAUGGGAAAGGGUGUAAAUGGGAAGUUGCAUUCAGAAUUUCAUGUCACUUGAAUUCAAGGAUAAAGGCUGCUUUUCACUGAUGUGUAAUACUGAAUUGUGAAACUGUUGGAUUUAUCGGCAUUACGACUGUGAUCGAAAUAAAUCCUUUAAGCGCAAGUAAACCAACAGGUGGAACUCCCUACUUCUAAAGAACAAGACAAGGCAUUUAAAAAACUGAAAUAUAUGACUGUUCAGUUCCAGAUAAAUUAGUAUAUUGCAUAGCGGUAUGUAAGGAUUUUUUUUAUAAGUAUGUAACAACUGAUCUUCAAAGUGUCCUUUUAUUCUUCCAACAAAGAUCUGCUACAUGUGGUAUUCAAAAUAUUUCAGCAGUCUUCUUUUGGGAAAAGAGCAGCUGUUUAAGUUUAGGAUGUCUCCUUUCACGUCUUGUUAAGAGAACUGUGAGCAUGACUGCAGAGCUAUGUAUAGUAAAGGAAUUCAGAGGAGAAGGAGCCAAACUAAAUACAGGCUCUUGUUGCCAUUUGGACACAUUAAAAGAAAGAAUGUGACUGUAAUAAAUGUAUUCGCAUGACUAAA